GUUUUUGUCAUUGUGAAAAAUAAGAUCUCACCUGCGCAGCCUGGGAAUGGUUUCUUCCACUAUCCUGCAAGCCUUCCCUGAAUGAGUCAUCCAGCUGGCCACUCAUUGGACAGGAGCAUGCGUCCCAAGGGAUUGCCUUGCAGUAGCUUUGGCGGUGGAGUAGCAGCAGCAGGCGCAGUGAAGCGGCCUCGCUACCAUUCACAGAAACAGUGGUAUGCCAACCUGCUAUUUCAUUCACAGCCAGGACUAUAAACAUUGCCUUUUGUCCUUGCCGUUUCCUUCUUUUUGUGGUUUUAAAUUAGCUGGAGGGUUUUUUUUUUGCUUGCUUGCUUUGUUCCUGAGGAGAGAAGGCAGUUUUUUUCUCUUCUUCUAUAUUUGCCAUGUCGGGGAGGGAGACUGCAGUGCGAAAUACAGCAAAGUGAGCAAGAGCGGAAGCUGCUCAUGAAUGAGUGUCGCUGGCUCCCGUUCUAGAAGGCUAGAGGACAUUUUUACAUGAAUGGUGUCUGUUUGUGCGGGUGAGUGUGGGGCUGCACGCUUUCUUCCCUGCUGCCACGGCGACCGUGGAUGCCUCAUCAUCACCAUCAGUGGCGCCGCUCUUGAGGAGACUCUCCUUUGCGCUGUUUUCCUCUUCAUUGACUCAUCCUCGCCUGAGGAAGAUGACGUCCAUAGCGGAUUUAUUUGGGUUGUAUCAGCUUCAUCGCUGUCAUAACCUUGUUUAAGCUCCAAGCUCUCAAUUUCACAUUUUUGAUUAGAUUUUGGUGAUGAAUUUUCUUAAGUGUUUUGAAAUGGCUGACAAAUGUAGUUUCGCAGAAUUCUGUUCUAUUAACUGCACUUUAUGUCCUCUGAAGCGAGUGCUUUAAAUAGCCAUAAAGCAGUUUAACUGCACCUAUCACCUCAUAAAAUUGUUUUUCUUAAAUGCAAAAUUUCAUGAUAUUGCACAGUUACAUAUUAAAAUGAACAGAAACAAUUACCAUUAGAUGAUCAAGCUACCUCACAUUAUUCCAUUAAAAAAUAGAUCUCUAUAUUUUAAAGUUAAGUAAAUAAUUAAAUAAACGACAUCUACAUUGAGAUAAAUAACAUAAACUCAAGUACAUUAAACAGCUGGGGGAUUUUACUAACCGAUUGUUUCUAUAUUGCUGUAAGUGGGAGUUUUUUUCCCCCCCCGUCUCCCCUCCGUGCCUUCCUCCCUCCAACAGGAAGUGAUUUGCAGUGUUCAGCAAGCCUUUUGUUGAGAAGGUUUUCUCACAUCAGUGAGUCAUGCUCCAGCUCUGAGCUGGCAGCGGCUUGGCAGUAAGGCAGCAGCUAGUUUGAUUCCGUCGCCAUCACCUUCUCCGUGGUUUGUGGAUUUUUUUUGUUGUUUUUCGGGAGGCUAGAAAUCAUCAUCGUUGUUGUAAGCAGCAGCAGCAGUAGCAGCAGCUGAAGCAUCACCGCUGGAAACCACAACAACGACCUCUCCAUUCUCCUCUGCUUCGUUUCCAUGGAUUUCUGCCGUGUUUUUUUCUCCCGACUGGAUUGAAGUGCCGGAUUUUACCGAUCAGGAAUCGAGAGAGGUGGCCUACAGUUGCUCUGAAACCCCUGCCACCACCAUUGUCUCCACUGCCGCCACGUCCGCUGCUGCCAUGUUACAGGAGAGGGUAAUCAUCGCGGCAAGGAGGUUGGCGGUGCAUGUCGCUUGAGGCGCCGUGAGAGAGCAGAGGCGAAGGGUAUGCUUCACCGCACCAAAUACAACCGCUUCAGGAAUGAGUCGGUGACAUCCGUCGAUGACAUCGUCCACGGCUUGUCCAUGAACCCCAAGGUGUCGGCCAGCUCCGAGACACCAUACACGCCCCCGGCCGACGUCCAGCCCGUGGCUGCCUCCAACACUCCCAGUGCCCCCGCUGCUGCCGCUGGCCACGACCACUCGGACGAUGGCGGUACGCCCCUGUGCACCCUUAUCAACAAGGUGUCCAACCUGAAGUUCAGCAACUCGGGCAGCUUGCUUGGCAUCAAGGGUCUGUCCUCGGCGGUCAAGGACCUGGCGGUGGCCAAGCUGCAGGGCGGUUCGGGGGCAAGCCUCGGAGUGGUGGCCCCAGGGGCGGCGGCCUGCCUGUCAACACCGGAGCCUGCCGUUGGCAUGAGCAAGAAGAGCAGGCUGGACGAGCUUCCACUCGCCGGUGAAGACUGGAAUCUCGGCUGCAGUGGACCAGUGGGCAAACCUUUCAGAGGGUGGCUCCACUCCAGUGAGAAGAUCUCUGGGCCAGGAGUGACGUACAUCGUUAAGUAUCUGGGUUGCAUUGAAGUGCUGCGAUCAAUGAGAUCUUUAGAUUUCACCACACGAUCUCAAAUAACAAGGGAGGCUAUUAGCUUGGUUUGUGAGGCUGUUCCGCCGACCAAAGGAGCUCUGCGGAAACGAAAGCCACCAUCCAAAGCUCUGUCCAACAUUCUGGGGAAGAGCAAUCUGCAGUUUGCUGGUAUGUCGAUCAACUUGAACAUCUCCACCAGUAGUCUCAACCUCAUGACGCCGGACUGCAAACAAAUCAUAGCCAAUCAUCACAUGCAGUCCAUCUCCUUUGCAUCUGGUGGAGACCCUGACACAACGGACUUUGUCGCCUAUGUGGCAAAGGAUCCCGUGAACAGAAGAGCGUGUCACAUCCUGGAGUGCUCGGAUGGGCUGGCCCAGGACGUCAUCGGCACUAUUGGCCAGGCCUUCGACCUUCGCUUCCAGCAGUAUAUGCAGUGUCCUUCCAGCAAGCCUUCCACCACACAUGACAGGGUGUUCAACGUGGAGGAGUUGCCAUGGACGGAGGAUGAGGAAGAGUCGGCGGAGCAUCCUUACUACAACAGCGUCCCCGGGAAGAUGCCGCCCCCUGGAGGCUUCAUCGACGCACGGCAGACCAAUCCUAACGCGCCUUCAGACGGAAGCCAAAUGGGCACAAACUCUGUGGAUCAGAACUAUUACCAAGGGCGGCAUUGUGGAGAAAACUGGACAGAAGAGAGAAAGUCUAUCUUCAUACAACAAGGCUCCUUGGAUCAAAGCAGCGAGAGCAAAGGUCCAGUGACAAAAGCGGAUGAGAUGCCCACGUACAUGAACACCCAACAAAUUGAUGAGCAGGUCCUGGCGGCGUUACAGGCCGAGGCGGAGCACGUGACCAAAGGCAUGGCGGCCACUGCGAGGGAGAACCCUCCGACUGAUCUCUUUGACAUGACAGAACCUUUCGAGGAUGCCCUCCAGUCGCAGCCGCAAGCACCCUCGCAAUUAUCCGCCCUGCACAAGGCGACGUCGGUGGACAACUCCAGCCCACUGCUGGCGCGCUCCAUUGCUUUCCGGGUGCAAGAAGAACUGGAGGGUCAGGCAUGGUACCGUGGGAAGAUGAGCCGGCGCGCUGCUGAAAAGCUGCUGCAUGACGACGGCGACUUCCUGGUGCGCAAGAGUGCCACAAACCCGGGCUCUUACGUCCUGACCGGCAUGCACAACGGCAUCGCCAAGCACCUGUUACUGGUGGACCCUGAAGGCACGGUUCGGACAAAAGAUCACGUGUUUGACAGCAUUAGCCACCUGAUUGGCCAUCACCGUGACAACAACCUGCCAAUUGUGUCAGCCGGGAGUGAACUGUGCCUGCUGCAGCCAGUCGUAUGGAAGCAGUGACCCUGCGCCCGCCACGCCCCCCUGCGAAAACGGGAAGAUCUGAAUUUUCCUUCCUGCCGUCUCAGAAACUUUAAGCGUGAGGGAAGCUGCUAAAAAUACAAAUCUAUAGCGCUCGGGUGAUGCAGAAAAAAAAGAGAAUAUUUAUUAUAGAACUGUUAUUUUAUCGUGACCACUGAAAUGCUAUAUUUUUGCGAAGACACAGUAUAAAACACCCAUGAUAUAUUGAUUUGAUGUUUCAAAGUAUACGAUACCGUAGUUUCGAUAAAUCAAGCCUUGACAAUGUGUGGACCAGAGUAUUUUAAUUACGAAAGCUACAAAUGUUACUUUCUGUCUGCCAAGCACAACCACAUUUUUACUGAUAAAGAAACAA